AUGCGCGAAUUUUUGGUGCUUGGAAUAUUUUUUGGUGUGAUUUUGGCGGAGGAGCAGGAGAAAGUUGUGGUAAGUCGAAAAUUCUUCUUACUGUAGAUCUACAGUAAUCUAGGUUACUGUAGUGUAGAUCGAAAGUUCUGGAAAAUUUGAGCUACAGUAGUCUCUAGACGUAGAGAUACUGUGCUGACUUACAGUAAGCCUAAAAAUUUUACAUCAAAAUCUUCGGGUUUCUAGAUUACUGUAGCUUUGCACAAAUCUACAGUAAUCUAGAGUACUGUACAAGGUAGAUCAAGAAGUUGUGCCAAAAAUCAAAGAGCUCUCAAAAAUGACUAAUCUACAGUACACUCUUCUAGAUUACUGUAGGUAGGUAGCUCUUACAAUCCACAGUAAUCUGCUGGAUUACUGUACCUACAGUAAUCUACAGUAUACCUAUUUCCAGCUAAAAAUCGGAAAUAUCGGCACCAAAGAAAAUGGCGAAAUUUUGUCGACAAUUUUGGAAUCGGCAAAAAAAGCGAUGAAAUUGGAAGGGGUUUUGGAUGAGAAUUUUGAUAUUCAGUAAGUUUUCCGGGCCCCUGAAAAGCCUGAAAACUGGGCUUUUUUCGGCCUCAAAAAUCCGUUUUUUUUUUCAGAAUUUUGAACGCGGAAGGUUGCGGAUCGUCAUUUGAGGGAGUUGCGGCAGCUGCGGAAUUGUAUCACAAGCAGAAAGUCGACGCGUUUUUUGGGCCAUACUGUAGUCAAGGUGAGGAGGGGGAGUACUGUAGCUACAGUAGUCCAGGAUUACUGUAGUGGGGUUCUGUAUAUAGGGCCCUAGUUUUGGCAUUUCUGAAAGGUUACUGUAGAUCUUACAGUAACCCUGGGGGUACAGUAACCUUUGGAAGCUUUUGGAUUACUGUACAAGAUUUAAAGGAACAAACUACAGUAUACCUGGAUUACUGUAGGAACUAAGAAUUUGGGGAUCGUUUGGAAAGUUCAAAAAUAGUGCAUUACAGUAACCUAUUGGAUACUGCGGGUUACUGUAGCUCAGGAAGUUUCUACAGUAAUCUUUUUCUGGUUCUACAGUAACCCUGGAUUACUGUAGUUUGUUGAAAAUAGCAAAUUUCCAACAAAAAAUAAUGGUUUUUGAUUUUUCUUCAAAAAAUGUAUCAAAAUUAAAUUGCUACAGUAACCCUGGAUUACUGUAGCUCGGGAAACAUCUACAGUAAAAAAAUAAAAAUGCUACAGUAAUUCUGGGUUACUGUAGAUGUAGGUCAUGACUAUUCAAAGGAACUAAUACUUCUUGGAAUCUACAGUAUCCCAGGGUUACUGUAGCUCAAAAUUUUCCAAAAAAAAAGUUUUUUAAUCUCUCGCAAUUUUUUCGUAGAUCAAAAAUGCGCUCGUGUCAAAAGCCAACUUUUUUUUUUUUUUGAGAAAAAAGUGUCAAAUUAAAUUUUCCUACUAAAAAAACGGGGAAACUAAUGAAUUCUGGAAAAAAACUUUUUUUCUCGAAAAAAAGUUUCCGAGAACUCAGAAAUUAGCAUAAUUUAUAAGUUAUAGGAACUUUUUGCUCAAUUUUUUCACAGAAAAAUCGCGGGAAAAUGGGGGAUCAAGGUUACUGUAGAUCAAAUUUCAAAUUUUGGCGCCAAAAAAAAAAUCUCCUGUAAAUGUACAUGAAAAAAUGCAAAAAGUGAAAUCAAAAAUUCAGAAUUUCUAAUUAUUAUUCUUUUUUCUUCCCGAAAAACAAGAAAAAAAUGGAAUAAAUUUGUAGGAAAUUCCAAAAAAUUCAGAGGGAAAAGCUGAAAAUUUUCAGAUUUUUCUGAAAAUUUGGUGCCAAAACCUACAGUAAUCCAAAAAAUUCCCAGAAAAAUUGGGUCAAAAUUGAUCAAUUUUGGCCCUGUUUUUGACAGGAUACAAACUACAGUACUCCAACCUACAGUAACCCAAAUUCAGGCGCUAAAAAUCCUACAGUACUUUUUAUAUCUGUAUUCUGUUUGACCUACAGUAAUCCAAAAAUUUGAUCUACAAAAAUGCCCAAAAUCUAUCGAAGAACUUCGUUUUUUUGGCGCCAAAACCUACAGUAACUCAAUCUACAGUACUCCAACCUACAGUAACCCGAUAGUUUCGCGCCAGAAAUUUGAUCUACUGAAAAAAAACCAGGAGCUCAUCUCAAAAUCCAUCAAAAAACAUAAAUUUUGCUCGGAUUUUCGCGCCAAAAAAUGUGAUCUACAGUAGUAUCCAUAGAUCAAUUUUUUUGGCGCCAAAACCUACAGUACCCCAUAUUUUUCCAGAACUCUCUUCCGUCGCCACAAUGGCCUCCUUCUGGAACAUUCCCAUUUUCGGCUAUUCCGCAUCCGCCUCGCAAUUUUCCGCUUCCAAAAUCUACUCAACCCUCAUCCGCACCGGUUUCCAGAAUGCCGUGCAAAUCGCCGAUUCCACCGCCCAAUUCUUGGCUCAUCAGAAUUUCAGCCAAAUUGCGAUUUUGUCGAAUUUGGGAGCCGAGAGUUUCGAACGUGUUCAGACACUGGAAUUGGCGAUGCGCCAGAAAAAAAUCGAAAUUUCCAAAAAAAUCAUUUUCGAAGACACUUCGGAUUUGAUGAAUUCGGGCAUUUUUGAGGAGAUUCGAGAGAGUUCGCGGAUUAUUUUACCCGUUUUUGCCACGUGGCAACAAUAUGAGGCAUUUAAGAAUGCUUCGGAGAUGGUGGGUUUUUUGGCGCCAAAAUUCUACAGUAACCCCGGGAAAAAUCCCGAGAAUUUAGGCUAAAUUUGAGCUUUUUUGGCGGCAAAAUUCGAUCUACCCUACAGUAACCCGGGAAAAUCUUGAGAUUCUAGGUUAAAUUUGAGCCUAGUUUUAGAUCUACAGUAACCCAGACAUUUUUAACACCGAAAUUUGAUCUACCUACCUACAGUAACCUGUUUGGGCUUGAAAAACCCGGAAAAUUCUUGGGUUACUGUAGGUAGAUCAGACCUUUUCUAAAUUUGUUUUUUUUUUUGCGUCAACAUUUGAUCUACCCUACAGUAACCCAGGAAAAAUCCCCGUCAAAUUUGAUGGUUUUUGAGCCCAGGUUUUGAGCUACAGUAAUCCAGCCAUUUUUGGCGCCAAAAUGCAUUGGAGUACUGUAACUCAAAAUUUUUUUUCAGAUUAAAAAUUAUUGGGUUACUGUAGGUAGAUCAUACUUUUUUCUGAUUUUGAAUUUUUUGGCGCCAAAGUUUGAUCUACCCUAUCUACAGUAACCCCGGGAAAAAUCCCGUCAAAUUUGGUGUUUUUUGAGCCCAGGUUUUGAUCUACAGUAAUCCAGCCAUUUUUGGCGCCAAAAUUUGAUCUACCUUAUCUACAGUAAUCUUUUUAUCCCGUCAAACUUGAUGGUUUUUGAGCCCAGGGUUUGAGCUACAGUAACCCAACCAUUUUUGGUACCAAAAUUUGAUCCACCCUACAGUAACCCCGGGAAAAAUCCCGUUAAAUUUGAUGGUUUUUGAGGCUAGAUUUUGAUCUACAGUAACCCAGCCAUUUUUAACCCCAAAAUUUGAUCUACCCUGUCUACAGUAACCUUCUAAAAACUUUUGAGCUACAGUAAUCCAGCCAUUUUUUGGCGCCAAAAUGCAUUGGAGUACUGUAACUCAAAAAUUGACCUGACAAUGAAAUUUGUGUUUUUUUUUUGAAAUUUAAAAAUUCUUGGGUUACUGUAGGUAGAUCAGACUUUUUCUGAAUUUGAAUUUUUCGGUGCGAAAAUUUGAUCUACCCUAUCUACAGUACUCUUUUUAUCCCGUCAAAUUUGAUGGUUUUUGAGCCCAGGUUUUGAGCUACAGUACCCCAAAAUUUGAUCUACCCUACAGUACCCCAUCAUAUUUUUUGCAGGCCAAAAUCUCGUCAUCUGAAUUCGUGUUCAUCUAUCCAAUUAUGACGUCAACAUUCCAGGGAAAAUCGAAAAUUGCGGAAAUUUUCCGCAAUUUUCGAAAUGGUAUUCAGAUUUUCAACGGUUUCGCGUUCGACGAUCAACUUUUGGCCGCGUUUUUGGACGUUUUUCAGAAGAGAAUUUAUAUUGAUGAGGUGAGCAUAGGGAAAUUUAGAUUUUUUCGUGGAAUUUGGAGCAUUUUGACACCUCAUAAGGCAUAUUUUGGCGCCAAAAUUGAUUUUCAAGGGUUGCUUUUGGUGCCAAACAUUUUUUAAUGAAAUUUGGAGCUGUUAGACACCCAACAUCAUAUAUUUUGAAGAAAAUUCAAAAAUUUCGAUUUCUUGGCACCAAAAUUUUAAUUUUCACGUGAAAUCCACGUCACCAAUCGAUUUUUCAUCAAAUUUGGAGCAAUUUGACACCCCACAAGGCAUAUUUUGGUGAAUUUUCAAAAAAAAUCAACCAAAAUAUGUCGUGUGGGGUGUCUAAAAGCUCCAAAUUUGAUGAAAAUCUUGAAAAUCCCUUCAUUUUUCAGUCCCAACUCUUCUACUAUGUGGCUCUCUACGACUCCUUUACAAUUUUCGCGAAAUCCGCCAAAAAAUACCUGCAAUCGGCCGAGGAAAAGAAAUUGGAUGGAAGGAAAUUCUGGAAUUAUCUACGUGGCAAAUCGUAUGAGGGAGUUAGCGGAAAUCAGAUUGUUUUGAAUGCGGCCGCGGAAAGAACGGAGACGAUGAAGGCGUAUUAUGUGGAUUCGAUGAGGGAACAGGUGAGAGAGAGUGGAGAGAGAGAGGGAGAGAGAGAGAGAGCGGGGUAGAGACGCAGAGAAAGAUAGAGAAGCAGAGGUUAGAGAGGGUAGAGUGGUUAGAGAAGCAGAAAACAAUGAAGAUGGUAGAGAAGCAGAGUAGGCUAGAGUGGCUAGAUAAGCAGGGGAGGUGAGAGAUGCAGAGAGCAGCUAGAGAAACUAGACAGAAGGGUUAGAGACGCAGAAAGGCUAGAGAGGGUUAGAGAAGCAGAGAGAGGUUAGAGAAGGUUAGAAGCUAGAGAAGUAGAGGUGGCUAGAGGUGCAGAGAGAUCGAUAGAGGUUAGAGAAGCAGAGAAAGGCUAGAGACGCAGAGAAAGAUAGAGGUGUUAGAGAAGCUAGAGAAGCAGAGAGGCUAGAGACGCAGAGGAGGUUAGAGACGCAGAGAACUAGCAAAGUUAGAGAAGCAGGGAAAGGCUAGAGAGGGGUAGAGAACUAGAGGCACUACAGAGGCUAGAGAAGGUUAGGGAGACUAGAGAGAAGGGUUAAAGACGCAGAGAAACUAGAAAAAAGGGUUAGAGAACUAGAGAAGCUAGAGAAAAAUUUGGAGGCCAGAUAGGGUAGAGACGCAGAGAGACUAGAGUGGAUAGAGAAGCAGAAUGAUUAGAGACGCAGAGAAAAGUCGAAAACUGGAGAUGCUAGAUAAGCUAGAGAAACAGAGGAGGUUAGAGACGUAGAGAGUUCUGAUCUACCUACAGUAACCCAAAAAAAUCCCCGAAUUUGUCAAAAACUCUCUACUUCUCUGCGUCUCUAACCUAUCUUGCAAUCUCUAGUUCUCUAAACUCUAACCCAACCUUCCCUAACUCUCUGCGUCUCUAACCUUUCUCUCUCAGAUUAGAGAGAGUUAGAGACGCAGAGAAAAGCUAGAGAUCUAGAGAAAUAUCGAUUUUUAUUCCAGCUGCGGCCCGUCUCAAUAAUCAAUGCUACAGUAACCAAUUCCGGCUGCGAUGAUAUAAUUUGUCUCCAACUAACAUCCACUGAUAUUGUCACAAAUUUCUGGAAUUCGGAAAGCGGAAAAUAUCCGGACACCAAUCCGGAAUGCGGUUUCCGCAACGAGAAUUGCGAUUAUACACAGACUAUUAUAAGUGUUACGGUUGUGGUGUGUUUGGCGAUGAUUAUUGGCGGAUUUUUUUGGAUUAGGAGAUUUUGGUGAGUCGGAUUACUGUAGGGGAUUUGAAGGGCUUCAAAAUGAGGUAUAAUUGUCCUGGGGUUACUGUAGAACAAUUCUCAUUAGAGCGCAUUUGAUAAAAAUGUGCUUUCAAGCGAUUUCUGGAGGAUCCGCUACAGUAACCUAGGAGUACUGUAGUUUAUCUUGUAGGGAAUUCCAAGAGCUGCAAUAUGAACUACAGUAAACCUAGGGUUACUGUAGAAAAUCGAGCCUGAAACACAAAUUCUCAUCAGAGCGCAUUUGAACAAAAUCCAGUUUCUUCAAGAUUUAUUGACAAUUUUCUACAGUAACCCAUGAGUACUGUAGCUCACCUUGUAGCCCUUGAAAUUUUCUAUGAGAAAAGCUACAGUACUCCAGGGUUACUGUAGAAAAUUUUGACGGAAAUGCAAAAUUAUCAAUAGAGCGCAUUUGAACAAAAUUUGAAAUUUGAAAAAAAAAAUGAAAAUUUGAAUUUUUCUACAGAAAACUAAAAGUUCAAUGGGGCGCAUUUGCUAUAUUUAGUCAACUUUUGGCCUAAAAUCAUGAUUUUCAAGCUCGAGAAAUUCAAAAAUGUUCCAAAGGUUUUCUUGACAUUUUUCUACAGUAAUCUAGGAGUACUGUAGCUCAUUUUGUAGCUCUUCAAAUUCCCUACAAAAUGAGCUACAGUACUCCAGGAUUACUGUAGAAAAAUGAUCCUUAGAGCGCACUUGAAUACUUCCCUAGGCAUGUUGUACCUCAUUUUGAAGCCCUUGUCUACAGUAACCCCCAAAUCUACAGUAACCCAGAUUGUUUGCAGCGAGACAGUAUCCCUGGAGAAAAUGCCGUGGCGAAUCUUCCGUCAAGACAUUCAGAUUCUCGACGAAGAACAGGCGAAAUCGAUGAUUUCACUGAAUUCGGAAUCCACCAAAAUGUCGUGUAAAACGAAUUUGGUGCGAAAUCAUGCGAUAAUUGGUGUCAACACUCAUUCGGUCUAUGAUAUCUAUGAGCAACGUGGCAAUAUACGGUUUUCGCGUCAGGACCUUGUGCUUUUGACGAAAAUGAAACAGGCGGUGCACGACAAUAUUAAUCCGUUUUUGGGAAUUAGUUUUAAUGAGGGUGGAGAGCUGUUGUUGUUGUGGAAAUAUUGCUCGAGAGGAACAUUACAGGUAUGGGGGGUACUGUAGGAUUACUGUAGAGUAUUUUGAGAGCUUCAAAAUGAGGUACAGUAUGUCUAGGGUUACUGUAGAAAAUUUGUGGAUUUUGGGUUUUUCAAAAAAUUUUCUUGAUUUUGCUCGGAUCAUUCCACGUGGCAAAACUAUAUUUUUCGCUACAGUAACCUUGGGGGUACUGUAUCUCAUAUUGUAGGGAAUUUCAAGAGCUUCAAAAUGAGCUACAGUAUGUCUAGGGUUACUGUAGAAAAUUUGUGGAUUUUUGGUUUUUUUUUUUGAAAAUCGGAACAUUCCACGUGUCAAAAAUAAUUUACGCUACAGUAACCCUAGACUAUUGUAGCUUAUUUUGAAGCCCUUGAAAUUCUCUACAAAAUGAGCUACAGUAAUCCUAGGGUUACUGUAGAAAAUUUGUGGAUUUUCCGUUUUUUUUUAAUUUUUGAAAAUCGGAUCAUUCAACGUGGCAAAAAUAAUUUUUCGCUACAGUAACCUAGGAGUACUGUAGCUCAUUUUGUAGGGAAUUUCAAGAGCUUCAAAAUGAGCUACAGUAAUCCUGGGGUUACUGUAGAAAAUUAUGGAAAAAAUGCGCUUCAAAACUGACAUGAGGGGGCAUGCGCGCUCCAAUGAUAAUUUUGUUUUGGAGCGCAUUUGCUCUAGUUUUUCUACAGUAAUCCUAGCGAUACUGUAGCUCAUUUUGUAGAGAAUUUCAAGGGCUUCAAAAUGAGCUACAGUAUGCCUAGGGUUACUGUAGAAAAUUAUGGAAAAAAUGCGCUUCAAAACUGACAUGAGGGGUCAUGUGCGCUCCAAUGAUAAUUUUGUUUUGGAGCGCAUUUGCCCUAGUUUUUCUACAGUAACCCUAGACUACUGUAUCUCAUUUUGUAGAGAAUUUCAAGAGCUUCAAAUUGAGCUACAGUACUCCUAAGGUUACUGUAGAAAAUCCUAAAGAAAAUGCGCGGUGAAAAAAAUUAUCAAUAGAGCGUUUUUUGUUAAAGAGCGCUCUAAUGAAAAUCAUCCUACAGUAACCUUGGGAGUACUGUAUUUCAUUUUGAAGCUCUUGAAAUUCUCUACAAAAUGAGAUACAGUACUCCAAGGUUACUGUAGAUAGGCAAAAAGGGUAUCAUUUUGAAGCCCUUGAAAUUCCCAAUUAGGUCAGGUCUCAAGGCGAAAACUACAGUAACCCCCAAUUUUGCAGGACGUGAUCUACAGUGACAAAGUAGUAAUGGACGAGAAAUUCCACGCGGCAUUUGUGAAAGACAUAACAAUGGGUCUGGAAUAUUUGCACAGUUCACAAAUCGGUUUUCACGGUUCACUUUCCACGUGGUCAACACUAAUCGAUAAAAAUUGGAUGGUUAAAUUGACCGAUUAUGCGAUUAUGGAUUCGUUGAAAAAAUGGGAAAAACAUGGAAGGAUUAAUGAUAAAAUUGAUAAUGAAAGUGAGAAACAAUGGCAGAAAUUGGGUGAGUUAGGCGAACUUUUAGAGGGAGCGGAGAGAGCUUCAAAAUGACACCAAAUACUUAUAUUUUCAAGUGCGCUCUAAUGAGAACUAGAAGUACUGUAGCUCAUUUUGUAGAGAAUUUUGAGAGCUACAAAAUGAUACCCUAACUUCCCCAGGAAUCUCAAAAAUUCUUGUUCAAAUGCGCUCUAAUGAGAAUUCAUAAUUUUUUCGCGCCAAAAUCUAGCAUUUCUACAGUAACCCAGGAUUACUGUAGCUCAUUUUGUAGAGAAUUUCAAGGGCUUCAAAAUGAUAGCUUAACUUCUUUAGAAAUCUCAAAGAUUCCUAGAGAAAACCCAUUUUUUUCAAGUGCGCUCUAAUGAGAAUUUUGUUUUUUGGCUUUGGAGCGUAUUUUCGCGAGUUUUUCUACAGUAACCUUAGGAUUACUGUAGCUCAUUGAAAUUCUCUACAAAAUGAGCUACAGUAGUCCAGGGUUACUGUAGAGAAUCUCCGAGAAUUCCGAUAGAAACCCAUUUUGUUCAAUUGCGCUCUAAUGAGAAUUUUAUCUUUUCUCACGUUUCCCUACAGUAACCCUGGACUUCUAUACCUCAUUUUAAAGCCCUUGAAAUUCUCUACAAGAUGAGCUACAGUAAUCCAGGGUUACUGUAGAGAAUCUCCGAGAAAUCCUAUAGAAACCCAUUUUAUUCAAAUGCGCUCUAAUGAGAAUUUUAGCUUUGGAGUGCAUUUUACCGGGGUUUUUUCCUACAGUAACCCUGGAUUACUGUAGCUCAUUUUGUAGCUCUUGAAAUUCUCUACAAAAUGAGCUACAGUAAUCCAGGGUUACUGUAUAGAAUCUCCAAGAAAUCCUAUAGAAACCCAUUUUGUUCAAGUGCGCUCUAUUGAUAAUUUUAGCUUUGGAGCGCAUUUUCCCGGGUUUUUCUACAGUAACCCUAGGACUUAUAUAGCUCAUCUUGAAGCUCUCAGAAUUCUCUACAAAAUGAGCUACAGUAGUCCAGGGUUACUGUAGACAAUCUCCCAGAAAACCCUUGGAAACCCAUUUUAUUCAAGUGCGCUCUAUUGAUAAUUUUAGCUUUAGAGCGCAUUUUCCCGAGUUUUUCUACAGUAAGCCUAGGACAUCUAUAGCUCAUUUUGAAGCCCUUGAAAUUCUCUACAAAAUGAGCUACAGUAAUCCAAAAAUUCUCAUUAGAGCGCACAUGUUUUCACAGUAACCCUAGCCUUAUUAUACCUCAUUUUUAAGCCCUUUUUAACCUGAGCAACGAUUCUUAGGUGCUCUCUACAUUGCUCCCGACAUUCGCCUAGCCGACGACAAAAACAAACAAAAACGUAUGGAUCAAGCGUGGGGCGAGCAGACUGCGGAACGUCGAAAACAGGCCGACAUCUACGCGUUCGGUAUGAUCAUCUAUGAGAUAUUGUUCAAGAGUCUACCGUAUGACGAGAAAUUGGAUUUGACAGGUGAGUACGGUAGAUUUUGGCGCCAAAAUUCAAAUUUUUUUCCUAGAAUUGGCCAAUAAGGCUUUCGAAGGUGAGCAGAUUCAGAAGCCGCAAAUUCAGCGAAAUCGAAAAUUGAAUCCGGAUAUGAUUGCGCUACUUCAGGUAAGUCUAUUAGGCUUAGGCUUAAGCCUAAGCCUAAGGCUUAAACCCAUAUUGCUCAUACUAACAGAGCCUAAUAUGAGCAAUCAUACCAGCUUCUAUUGCUCAUGUUAAUUUUUUUGCAGGAUUGUUGGAGUGAGAAACCGGACAUGCGUCCGACAAUUCGACGGGUUCGGCUGGCUACGGAAACUGCGCUCAAAUCGUGAGUUGACUUAGGCCACGCCCAUUUUUCUGUGCGGGAAAUUUGCGAUUUUUUGAGACCGAAUUUGAUAGGCCACGCCCACAAAACCAUGCCGAAAGGUUAAUUUUUGCAUUUCUGAGGAUUUUGGAUAAGCCACGCCCCCAAAACCAUGCGGCAAGCCUAAUUUUUGCAUUUCUGAGGUUUUUCGAUAAGCCCCGCCCCCAAAACCAUGCCGCAAGCUCGAAAAUUGCAUUUUCAAGAGCUCAUAUUAGGCCACGCCCCCAAAAUCAUGCCGCAUUUAAAAAAGACAUCUAGAGAUGUUUUUGGGGUCAAAAAAUCGGGAAAAUUAGGCUCCGCCCACAAAACCAUGCCGCAAGCUCGAAAAUUGCAUUUUCAAGAGCUCAUAUUAGGCCACGCCCCCAAAACAUACCACAAGCCUAAUUUUUGCAUUUCUGAAGAUUUUGGAUAAGCCACGCCCCCUAAACCAUGCCGCACUUUAAAAAAGACAUCUAGAGGUGUUUUUGGGCUAAAAAAAAUCGGGAAAAUUAGGCUCCGCCCCCAAAACCAUGCCGCAAACCAAAUUUUUUUGCAGAAAAGGCAGCUUGGUUGAUAGUAUGAUGAGAAUGAUGGAAGAAUACGCGAAUAAUCUCGAAAAAAAUCAUCCAAGAACGCACGAAAAUGGCGGAAAGUGCGAAUUUGCGCGCCGAAAGGCUACUUUUUCAAUUGCUACCCAAACAAAUCGCAAUCGAUCUCCAAAACGGAAAAAGUAUUCCGCCGCGGAAUUACGCGGCGGCCACCGUCAUGUUUUCGGAUAUUUGCGGAUUCACGCGGCUGUGCGGAAAAAGUACACCGAUUGAGGUUGUCGCGUUGUUGAACUCGUUGUAUUCGGAAUUUGAUGCGAUUAUUAAUCGACAUGAUGGGUAUAAGGUGAGCGGGAAGUUGGGAAGCGGGAAAUUCGAAUUCCCCGUGAAAUUUCGGUCAUUUUGAGUCCAAUAAUUCAAAUUUUCGCGCAAAAAUUUGAAUUUUUGACGUCGAAAAUCCAAGCUUCCGCGUCAGCGGCUACGUGGAUUGCCGCUAACGCGGAAGCUUGCGGUUUACACUCGUUGCUAUGACGUGGCAAACCUGACGUACUGAAAAUCCACGUGGCCGCUAAAGCGGAAGAUAGUGCCGCUUACGCGGAAGCUAGCGGUUUACACUCGCUUCGCUCGGAAAAAUUGAAGUUUCUCGAGCGAAGCGAGUGUGAACCGCAAGCUUCCGCGUCAGCGGCAAUCCGCGUUUCCGCGUCAGCGGCCACGUGGAUUGUUGUGACGUGGAUUUUUAGUACGUCAGGUUUGCCACGUCAUAGCAAUCUCAACUUCCGAGCGGAGCGAGUGUAAACCGCAAGCUUCCGCGUAAGCGGCACUAUCUUCCGCUUUAGCGGCCACGUGGAUUGUUGUGACGUGGCAAACCUGAUGUACUAUAAUCCACGUGGCCGCUGCGCGGAAUCUUGCGGUUCACACUCGCUUCGCUCGAAAAUUAGGCUUGCUAUGACGUGGCAAACCUUCAGCACUGAAAAUCCACGUCACAGCAAUCCACGUGGCCGCUAAAGCGGAAGAUAGUGCCGCUUACGCGGAAGCUUGCGGUUUACACUCGCUCCGCUCGGAAAAAUUGAAAUUUCUCGAGCGGAGCGAGUGUAAACCGCAAGCUUCCGCGUAAGCGGCACUGUCUUCCGCUUUAGCGGCCAUGCGGAUUAUUGUGACGUGGCAAACCUGAUGUACUAUAAUCCACGUGGCCGCUGCGCGGAAGCUUGCGGUUUACACUCGCUCCGCUCGAAAAUUAAGAUUGCUAUGACGUGGCAAACCUGACGUACUGAAAAUCCACGUCACAGCAAUCCGCGUGGCCGCUGAAGCGGAAGAUAGCGCCGCUUACGCGGAAGCUAGCGGUUUACACUCGCUUCGCUCGAGGAACUUCAAUUUUUCCGAGCGUAGCGAGUGUAGACCGCAAGCUUCCGCGUAAGCGGCACUAUCUUCCGCUUUAGCGGCCACGUGGAUUGCUGUGACGUGGAUUUGUACUACUAAAAAUUUUGUCACCAGGUCGAAACCAUUGGCGAUGCCUACAUGGUAGUUUCCGGGGUUCCCGAGGAAAAUGGAAAACGCCACGUGGCAAACAUCGCACAAAUCACCCUGGAUAUCAUCGAUGCCCUCAAAACCUUUGAAAUUCCACACAAAAAACAAGAUCGGCUCGAAAUUCGCCUCGGAUUCUCCACAGGACAAGUGGCGGCGGCUGUGAUUGGUCUCAACGCGCCGCGCUACUGUAUUUUCGGAGAUACCGUGAAUACGGCUGCAUUUAUGGAGAGUAGUGGAGAGGCGGGACGAAUUCAGAUUAGUGAGCCGGCGAAAAUCAUGUUGAACGCGGAAUAUCCGGAAUAUUCGUGUGAAAUUCGAGGAAUUCAGAAGAGAAAUGGAGAAAAUGAUGAUGAAAUUGCCACUUUUUGGUUAAUUGAAAAGGAUUUGGAGUAUUUUAAACGCUGA